AUGCGGCGUCGAGCUCUUGAUGCUUUGAGGGCGAGUCGAGCUCAACCUCGCUGCCUGUCCACUUCACCAUCUUCAGCCUUCGCUUCCACUUCGAAAGCACCACAAGAUAGCCCUGUCUCCUCUGCUUCACCACAAGCCGCACCAAAGCCUCGACCAAAAGUGAUCUUCUCCGGUAUUCAACCCACGGGCAUUCCUCAUCUCGGUAACUAUCUCGGCGCACUCCGAAACUGGGUCGACCUCCAAAACGCCUCCCUCUCCACCUCCAACGAACUCUACUUCAGCAUCGUCGGCUAUCAUGCCAUUACCAUGCCUCAACAGCCCUCUCGUCUUCGCACAGAACGAUCAGAAAUGAUGGCGACCCUCCUGGCCAUCGGUCUUGACCCACACCGAUGCACUAUCUUCCACCAAGACCAGGUGCCACAACAUACCGAGCUGGCUUGGAUCCUGAAUUGCAUCACUUCGUUUGGCAAACUCAACCGCAUGACCACUUGGAAAUCCAAAAUCGCCACAGCGAAGAAUGUUGCAGAGAGAAGCGAGGUGGAUGAUAAAGACCUCAGCUUGGGAUUGUUUGCGUAUCCGGUAUUGCAGGCGGCAGAUAUCCUGUUGUAUAAAGCAACCCAUGUGCCGGUGGGAGAAGAUCAAAUACAGCAUCUGGAAUUGAGUAGAGAUUUGGCUGAUGUGUACAAUCGAAAGUGCAGCAACAAGUUCUUUCCGCUACCAGCACAUAUAAGCACUCCGACGAAGAGGGUCUUGUCGCUAAGAGAUCCGACAAGUAAGAUGUCCAAGAGCGCACCGGAUGUCAAUUCGAGAAUAUUGAUCACCGAUACGCCGGAACAAGUAGAGAGGAAGAUCAAGAAAGCAGUCACUGAUGCAGAAAGAACACUAGCUUACAGUCCACAGAAUCGGCCGGGAGUAAGUAAUCUGCUGUCGAUUCUGGCUGCUCUGAAGCCAGCCGACAGCUCUAAUUCAAAGACGGAGGCAGGGGAGGAGGGAGGGCCAUCAGAAUGGGCUGCAAGACUCAAUGCAGAGAUCGAGGCUACGGGCGCUUCUUCAGGUCAGCAUCUCAAAGCAACGCUAACAGAAGUCGUGGUGGAGACCUUGAGACCGAUACAAGUCAAGCUAGAGAAAUUAAGGAACGAUCCAGGGUAUUUGCAGCAAAUGGAACAACUUGGCAAGGAAAAGGCACAGACAGUUGCACAACGGACGAUGGCUCAGGUACGAAAAAGCGUUGGCUUUGACUAG